ACGACGCCGUUUCACACCUCACGACCUCGCCGCCGACGACGAUGCACUUCAAGACGACCUCGCUCCUCUUCUGCCUGCUGGUGGUCUUCGCCGUCCUUAUCGCCAUGAACAACAACCCGAGUCGACGACGCGAAGCCGCCACGAAGCCCUCUCUCUCUUCUUCCUCCUCCGACGUCGAGCCGCUCUUCGCCUUCGUUUCUCUUGCCUCCAGCGACGGCGGCGGGGACGAGCUCUCCGAGGACACGCUGGCGUCGACGGCGGACGUGACGACGUCGCAGAAUCUGGAGUACGAUUUCUACCGGGACACGUGUCCUCGAGCGGAGAAGAUCGUGAGGACGAAGAUGGCUUGGAUUUACGGGCAGCACCGGAACGUCUCCGCUCAGUUGCUUCGUCUCUUCUUCCAUGACUGCUUCAUUGAGGGGUGUGAUGCUUCUGUUCUCUUGGAUGACAGCAAUGGGAAUCAAAACCAUGCCAUUGAGAAGCAGGCUAUACCCAAUAAGUCUUUGAAGGGCUUUGAUAAAAUUGAUCAGAUCAAGGAGAGUCUUGAAAAUGAAUGUGCAGGGGUCGUAUCUUGUGCGGACAUUCUUGCUCUUGCCACUAGAGAUGCCAUUGUUCUGGCUGGUGGCCCCUUCUAUCCAAUUUUGACUGGAAGAAGAGACAGUACCCGCUCAUUCUUUGAUAAGGCAAUGAAUCCAAUGAUGGGGAUGCCAAGGCCAGAUGAUAACAUCAAUCAGACGUUGCAGAAGUUCUCCCUAAGAGGUUUCGAUGAGAAAGAAACAGUUGCUCUUCUUGGAGGUCACAACAUUGGAAAGAUAGGCUGUGAGUUCAUUAGGUCACGCAUCAACAACUUCAAGGGCACAGGGCAGCCAGACCCGACUUUAACUCCUGAAUUUGUCAGCGAGAUGAGACUGAACUGUGAUGAUGAUUUUAACCAGGAAACUAGUACGGAGGCGGCUACAAGGAGACUGAGUGAGAAGUUUACUUCGAAGGGGAUGUCAUACUACCAACAGUUGUCUUCAUCAGUAUCAGCAGGUGCUGGUUUUGACAGUCAUUAUUACCAGAGCUUGUUGAGAGGAAGAGGACUCCUAUUUGCUGAUCAGCAACUAAUGGCUAAUAAAAGGACUGCUCGGUUGGUUGCAAAAUAUGCUUCAGAUGAUGGAUCAGCCUUUCGAACAGACUUUGCCCGGGCAAUGAUGAAGAUGUCAGAUCUUAAUGUUCUCAAUGGAUCCCAAGGUCAAGUCCGUUUCGACUGUUCUCUCCCUACCCAAAGUUCCUGACUGGCAUACUAUACUCCCACUUUUAGGAAAUCAAGAUUUCACUGAAUAUAUGUCAUACUGUUAGGAGAACUUCUGUAAAGUUCUACACUCUUGCUGCGUUGUACAUCAGAUAUACUCAGGAUACCAGGAUUCAAGAUCCAAAACCUUAGUAUAUGAGCUUUUCAUAUAGCAUUUACC